AUGAAGAGUUCUAACGGAACCACGUCGACGUCUUAUGGAACUAGUCAUAGUCACAUUGACCCAAUCUUCACUCUGCUUAUGCCCGAUCCGGAAAAGUUCAGUCUUGAAUAUGGUGAAACCAAUUUCAAAAAAGACUAUUGUCUCGAUGUUACAAACGAACACUGUUCGAUAAUCAACCGCUGGUGGAAUGUGCAAUAUAAAUGUCAACAGACGAUUAUCCACAGCGUUGAGCAGCCAUUAUUCCAUACAAUCAUCAUCGUACUCGUUCUGAUCGAUUGUGUGUUUGUUAAAGCUGAACUUUUCUUUGAUUUUCUCAUACUUCAUAAAGCAUGUCACUCGAACACAAGCAGCAACUAUUCGACUGUACAUAAUCAUCAUAAUGAUAUGGAAAUUGUCAUUAAAGUUCUUGAAUAUUUAUCCCUAACAAUCUUAACGGUAUUUGUUAUGGAAUUAUUUGUGAAAAUCUAUGCAUAUGGACGAUUCUGGUGGAAUCUUUCCGAGAGAAAAAUGGAAUGGAUUGAUGCCAUUAUUGUUCUGUUGUCUUACAUGAUUGGUUUUAGUGUCAUAUAUCAAAAUAAUAUAUUUGUGAAAACGACAUUGCUCGUUAUUUUUCUUCGUUUAUGGCGUUCGGUACGAAUCAUUCACAGUAUUGUACACACACUCUUAUUUCAACAUGAACAAAAGAAAAAGCGUCUAUUUACAAGUUACCAUGAGCUAGUCGAAAUAUUCUUGACUCUUUCAGAGAAAAAGACGGCAAUCCUAUCGGAAUGUGCUGAUAGCAUCGUUGUGGAGAAAUUUGAAGUCGUUGAUCAUUCUUGCAGAGCAGUUCUACAACAAUGUACUGAUUCAUCUUCGUUGAGUGUUGUUAAUGAUCUUACUCAUGAUUUACAAAAUGCCGUAGAAGAACUGCAGCAGUUGUCAAUUAAAACAGAUAUGAAACAGUUAAACUAA